AUGGCCGCCGCUGGCGCGGGCGAGUCGGCUGCCCCGGCCGAGGCCUCCAGUCGAAUCUGCGUCAAGGGCCUGCCCAAGCGCUGCGACGAGAGGCGGCUGCGCGAGCACUUUUCAUCGCGCGGCGCCGAAGUGACUGAUGAUUCCGCGGGUUCGUUAGGCUCGCGUCUGACCCAUGCGGCGGCGGUGAGCUACGCGCGCGCGCUACUCACAGCCUACGGCACGCUCUACCGCAGCGAGGUGGUGGCGCCGUCGCCCGCCGACAGCGAGGGCGGCGGCUUCUUCCGGAUUGACUCAGCGCGGGACUUGCUCCGCGCGGCGCGGAUGGAUGGCAAUGGUUUGACACAGCUCGUGGACGGCCAACCCCGCGUGCGUCAGCUUGUGGACCCCCGCUUCUUGCUGGUCAACGCCAGCGCUCACGGUUCGCCCGUCAUCGACGCCGCCUUUUCCGACGCCUGGGAGGGCGCCGACAUUCGUGCUGCGGAAGUCCAGGCAAGCCGUGAAGACCUCAUCAAGGUAGGAGGCAAGCUGAACGUGACAGUGCCGUCGGAGGAGCAAUUCAAGUACCGGCUGCUCCCCACAGCAUCGGUGCCGUGCGCUUACACGUGCCGUCUCGUGCCCUUCCUCAGCUCCAACUCGCUGGUCGUCAAGUUCUCCGGAGACGCCGAACACUACACCCAGGCGGUCUGUGGCGGGCUGCGACACGGCGUGCACCUGCUCCUUGCGACGCGGGCCAACUUUGGUGAGCUGUUGCACGCGGCGGUGGCACCCGCCGUGCAGCCGCGGCUGCAGCGCAUGGUGCGCAACGCAAACGAAUACAUGCGCUGGGCCACCUCGGCCGACGGGCUGCACUGCUACUUGCAUGAGCUGCUGAGCGGCUACGCUCGCAAGCUGAACUACUCCGUCGAGAGGGAGGGAGCGGUCGAGAAGUUGAUCCUGCCCGCACUUGGACGUCACGCGCGCGACGCCCUCCGCAAUAAGCGCUCGUCGCCGCGGCCCUCACCCUCGCCGCCGGGACCAGACUACAAGGAUCCGGCGAAAUGCCUCGACAACCCUUUCGACUUUACAAUCCCCACCGACAGAACCACUGCUGAGGCGUGCGCGCAGCGCCGGUUCGUGCCUCCAGAUCCAAGCUUGGUGGAGGAGUUCAAGCUCGGCAAGAACAGACAUAGUGGACAAAAUCUUCCGUUCGUACUCAGCAGCUACGAGCUGCCGCCGCCCAAGCUGGCUGCCAAAGAUAUGGCCGCACGAUGUGAGCGGUUUUGGGCUAGACGGCCCGAGUCCAAGGCCGAGCGCAAGUAG